AGAAGAAACAAACAGUAGGAUCCGGUUUUGCUGUCAGGGAGAAGCGGACAUUUUUUUUUCCCGGCGGUUCUCCCUUUUUUUUUCUGCUAAAGGGGACGUUCCUCCAGAGAUUGUGCGUUUGCAAUGUUGUGUUUGCGCAGGCUGUGAGAAAAGUACGCUAUUUUCGCUGUCUCGUUGGGUAUGGUUUCAAGUUUACUGACUUCUAGUUGAACUACUAGCUGACCACCUAAAAUGAAAUCUGCCCAACCUAAGCUGCAAGAGUCCAAUGUGGAGGAUGGGCCUCGCAAGUUUUCGUCGAAACGAAGCUGCGCAGCGAGUCAUCCGUCUCCGUUACAGUACAAACCCCUGUUAGGAAAGUGUUUUUACUUGGAUUUGCAGUUCAGUAAAAAAAGUGAGGCUUUGGAGAAAGACAUCAAAAAGUUAGGAGGGACCAUUGAGAAGUUCUUCAGCAAAGAGAUAAGAUACCUUGUAUCAGACAAACAGGAGGCCAGAUAUGUCCAGCGUCUGGGCAGGAGCUCUGUGGUGCCGAGCCCCAGCUCAGCAUCAAGCCUCAGCUCCCCUCAUCCCAGCAACAAGCGAGGAAGCCCAAAGAGCCCAGUGGGAUCUAUACCCGCAAGUAGGGGAAAAUCAUUAGUUGAGAAAGUCAUAAAGGAACAGGAACGGAUACAGAUCAACAGAAUAAUAUCCAAUGCCUUGGAUUGGGGUGUCAAAAUCCUUUACAUUGAUGAUAUUGUCUCUUAUAUUGAAAAAAAGAAAAGAGAUUUUACCACAUCUAAUAAAGUAACCACCACUGGUGAGAAAAAAGAUACUGGACCAACAGAAAAAUCUUUUCAUAAAUACAAUGCAGGAAGAAUCAGAAGACCUUUCAUAAAAGUUGAAGACAGCAGCAGGCACUAUAAACCAAUCUAUCUUUCCAUGCCUUACCUGCCUGAGAUUAAUUUCACCACGGAACCUCCAUGUACGCCAUUUCUCAUGGAAGGCAGUGGGAAGAUUGUCAGUGGGAAGAAACUGAAGGAGUGCAAGACCAAAGACAAGGAGAGAGGAGACAAGCCCUACAAAGUCAAGGGCAAGGUACCAGAAGCCAGGGAAAAGAAACGUGGUGGAUACUGUGAAUGCUGUGUUUUCAAAUAUGAAAACCUCCAAGCGGUAUGUAGAAAAGACCUUACAUGUACUGCUCACAUGUGUCAUUGCCGUGUUCGUGAAAUGGCAUUUCCACUCCUCGUUCAGCAUGUCAGUGGUGAGCAGCACAAAGCUUUUUUGAAGACUGAUGCAUACUCCAUCGUGGACAGACUCAUCUCAGGGCUGGAAUUUGACUUUGACAAUCUCCAAAGUCAAACAAAAAAGAGAAGGUUCAGUGUUUCUUCUGCUGUCAUCCACACGUCUUUGACAAAUUUGGAGGUGAAGAGGGACAUGGGUGGUGGUGGUGAUGAAGACAUGGACAUAUGCUCCCUGUGGGGCCUCACUACAAGACACAGAACCUCCAACACCUUGGAAUGCACUGCUCCCCUGUACACACCAAAGAAGUGCAGCUCUGAGCUUCCAGCGAGUUCCUGUGGCCCCAUUGGGCACCACCAUCAUGUGGCUGAGGGGGACGUCUUGGAUAAAACACCUGUUUCGGUCAUUAGACAGCCAUCAGACACCAGUGUGACAGAUAUUACUUUGAGGUGUAUCAGUGGUCAGGUGCCAGACAAAGGGACUAGCAAAGAACACCAUUCAUUGCCAAGUUUCCCAGAGGAUUUAGAGGGUUCUGCUUCCACUGAAGAUGUUAAAGUUGCUCAUGGACAACUGGAUGUCGAUGAGCUGCAUGGGGACAAUGUGCCAGUGCCAGCAGCGGAAGAAGAACAGAAUCCAAAAGUACUGGAAGAGACAUCACAGGAGAGGACCGCGCAAACCCCUUGCAGUAACGCAAGCGAAACAUGGAGCUCCCCUGCCAGGAGCCUGGGAAAAGUGAAGAGUUUCAGAAGGCAGCAGAAAGUCAAGAAAAGGGUCCCCAAAGGAGCCCUUGAAGAGACAGACUUCUUGAGCUGUCCCCUUCAGAACCUGUGGCAGCUGUUUGAGUCAAGUGAGGACAUGGACAUGGAGUUCAGAGGUUUUGAUUAAUGAGGCCACUGUAACACUUCACACUGUGUUAGAAGAAAAAUAGUGAAGGUAGCUCUUUCUCCUUUAAACUGCACAAAAAUUUUAAUGGAGUAUUAUUUUAGAAAACAAUGUAAAUGCAGGAGGCCCUGGAGCCUUGCUAGCUGUAUUGUGCUUCAGUGGUUUGUCUUUGUGUGUAUAAAAUGGGUGUAUUAUAAAUUCUUUUAUUCUCUUUAUAUGAACUGUUGUAUAAAUGUCUUAGGCAGAAAUGACAGAAUUGUAUCUCAGGCACUAUUUAGCAAGCUUGUAUAAAAUGAGAUUCAGAAAGGUACAUCUUAUUUUUUUUGAAAAUUUAUGCAUAUUUUUGUAAAAUGACAUCUUCCAGCAAUGUGACAUUUUCAUACCGUAAGAGUGUUUUUAAUGUUAUUUGGUAAUGUCUCCAGUAUGUACAGGUUUACUUUUAACUGUAUAUAGGCACUGUGGUGCUGCAGUACAGAGUGUAAGAAAGCCAAGGCUGAAAUCCAUCAGUAUUAAAGCAGCUGGAUGUUCCGUGCUGAAAGUCAGGAAAACAAAUCAAAAUUGAAAUUGAGGCCAUUGCUCAACUGGGCUAUGACUUUGCCCUAAUUAUGGAACGUCAGUUAUUUGAUGGAAAAUAAACAAACUCGCAGUUUGCUAUUGGUGCUCGGUACAAAAACAGUCCAGCUUUGGAGGCGGCGUGAAACGUCCGCUGCCUGGAAACGGGACGAUGGCCGAAGAAAAGGAUAAACUGGCACUGCUGUUUGUAGAGAAAACCCACGAAUGCUGCGACUCACAGUUGGCAUCGCAUCAGAGAGGCAAUGGCCCGCAAGG